AUGGGAGAAGAGAUCAGAAGGGAAGUUAAUAAAGCACCGUUUGUCUCUGUUAUGGUGGAUGAGACGACAGACGCGAGUAACGCAGCGCAGCUCGCACUGGUUCUGCGUUAUGUAACGGACACAGGUGUCAAGGAGCGGUUUGUCAGAUUUGAAGAUGUUACCAGUGGGAAGCGAGCCGAUGACAUUGCAGGUCUUAUCAUCCGAUUUUUGGUGGAAAAUGAAUGUCUGGGUAAAGUUGUGGCACAGUGUUUUGACGGCGCAGCGGUCAUGUCUUCUGGACGAAAUCUGCCAGCGGCGUCUCUCUCGUGUGGCACCAACACGGUGGCAGUACACAUCCAGAGUGGUCAAUACAGUCUUUGAGAAGAGAAAUGCUCUAAAGGAACUGUUUCAUCACAUUCUGGAGCAUCAUGACGAGUAUGAUGAGGAUUCUGUGCGCUGUGCUGAUGGAUUUAAAGCACGUCUGGAUGAUUUUGAGUUUUGUUUUUUGCUUCACACAUUUAAUGGCAUUUUUGAGUACUCAGAUGUGCUCUUUUCAAUACUACAGGACAAAAAACUGGAUGUACAGUUUUGUCUGGCAAGGGUAAAGCAGUUUUGUGACACCGUUGAGCGAGAGAGGAGCCGAUACGAGGAAAUCUACGAGGCCACUGAACGCACCGCGGGCGCUCCGAGCGCACAAAGAGGUCCAGCCCAAGAUCCUUGCGCGCACUACCGCCAACUCCACGGCAGGAUUCUGGACAAUAUUAUUUGUCAGACACAGACCAGAUUUCAAGACCACGAAAAACUGAUCUUUGUCACCCUCCUCGACCCCCAGAAGUUUCGGGAAUACCAGAAAAAAUUCCCGCAUGCAGCCUUUUCCAGCUUAGCACAGAGCCAAUGGAACACUUUUCGAUCUGCCUCGGCUAAGAACAGAACAUACCGUAAUGUAUGCCAUGGAUGA